AUGGCACAUCUCUUGAGCGGAACCGCGUUUAUAACUGGUGCUGCACAAGGUAUCGGACUUCAUACCGCCCUCGCUUUCGCUAAUCACGGGAUCCAAGGCCUUGCCUUGAGCGACACCAACGACGAAGUCUUGACAAAAUCCAUCAGGGACAUCAAAGAGAAGUACCCUGAUAUCGAGGUACUUCAACUACAUGUAGAUGUCCGUGAUGAGAAGCAAGUACAGUCUGGAAUAGCGGAGACUGUCAAGAAGUUCGGCCGCCUAGACAUCGCCGUGAACAAUGCUGGUAUCCGCGGGCCUACCACCAAUACUGACGGGGUGAGCGAGGAGGAUUUCUCUAACCUGGUCGAUAUAAACCUCUCAGGAGUGUGGCGAUGCCAGAGAGAGGAGCUCCGCGUAAUGAAGAACCAGGACGACAAGGGGCCCCGCCAGGGGCGCGGGCGAAUCAUCAACAUUGCAUCGAUCUUCGGGCUCUUUGGGGCUCCCAAUGGCCUGCCUCACACAGCGUAUAUAGCUGCGAAGCAUGGCGUCGUGGGCCUUACGAAGGCAGACGCGGUCAUCUACGGCCGCCAGGGGAUCCGCAUCAACGCCAUCUGUCCAUCAUUCACGAGAACUGCGCUGCUCGACAGCAUCCUGGCCCAGGGCGAUGAGACGCCCCUGGCUUCCGAGCUCAAGAGGUCCGCUCUAGGUCGGGCCGCAGAGGUGGAGGAAAUUGCUGACUGCAUUGCCUUCCUGGCGUCGCCAAUGAGCAGCUACAUGCAAGGUGCCUCUCUAGUUGCCGAUGGCGGGUUUACACUCACCUGA